AUGGUCGGGGCGAUGGUGACGACGUCGAGCGAUGGAUUGUUCGGCCCGCCGCGACCUCGAGGUGUGACGCUGGAGGAACGGUCGACGCGAUUGAUGACGGCGCGCGAGUUGGAGGCGAUGGGGCGCGCGGGCGCGAGAUCGAGGCGAUUCCAGCGCGAGCUCGAAGAGAGACGGCAACGAGGAGAUGUUCACGUCGUGAAUCCGGUGAUUGCGCUCGAAGAGGCGGCGGAGAAAGCGGCCGAGGCGGCCGAGGCGGCGCUUGCGGUCGAUUCCGCGGCGGACUUGGGCGGUUUUUUUGACUUUUUCACCGACUGGGCGAAGAAGCUGAAGAAGCUCACUGGUAAGUUAUGGCGACGACACGUCGCGAAGUACGUCAAGCACAUCGCGAGCGCGGCGAAUACGGUUUACGAGAACGCGCAAUUGAAAAACGUCAUCACGGAUAUAAGCGAAGGAGUCGGUGACGCGGCCAACUUUGUCAAGGACAGCGCGACUUCGGCGUAUUACAAUUACGGCAACCUGGUUGUGAGACACUUUGAAGCGACGUGCGAAGUGGCUGGAUGUGAUUCGAUCGUCAACAAAGUCGCAGAUCUUGGGGAAACUUGCGCAAAACAAGUCUCAGCGGGCGCAAUCGACGCGUUUGAGAGCGCCUCGGGCGCUUUGGAUGAAAUGUAUGAUCAGACCUCUGGUUUUCUCAACGACGCCGUCGACGUGAUCGAGGAGCAAGUCGAUCAGAUUGUCGAUGUUAUCGGCGACGUCAUCGCGAUUCUCAAGUUAUUGUUCGGUGGUCUAGAGUGCUUGGCAUCUCAGGACCUACUUUUUGACUUCGCAAAGGAACUCUCGAAGGCACAGAGUAAAGACUCGAUUUCAUCCAUGUUGAAAAACAUACGCGAGGAAACAAAGGGUGGUGGUUUGAACAAGUACUUGAAUCAAAUGGACGAUACCCUUUGCCACGCAACGUGGACAAGGCUGUUCCCAAACGUCAAUUUGGUGGCUAACGCGUUCCAAUCAUUUGCUAUUGCCCUCAGGGAAGCCUGUCCGGCGAUAGGUAAGGCUGGGAAUUUACCGGCGUUUACGUUUGGUAUCGACGUUGGCGCAGAUGUCACUGGUUUCGGCUCUGUAAAGGGUGUUUCCACUGAAGUUGGCGUGGGUCUCGACCUCAACGGCCGACAAUUCUGCUACGCCGCAGGAUGCGUCAAGUCCAGUGGCAUUGCGGUCUCACUACCUGGUGCAGCUGGAAGCGCCGCCAUAGUACUCACGGGCUAUAAGGACAUUGCUUCUGUUCCUGGUCGCGCCGAGUUCUUAACGCUCGGGUUUGGUAUCGACAUUCCAUCCCCACUGCCCCCACUGGAUUUCGACAUCGCUCUCACUUACGUGUACGUGGACCCGUCGAUGGCAAACUUUGCCGGUGUGUCGAUUUCGUACACCGUAGGCAGCGAUGGUGGCGCCCCUAACUUGCCAAUAACGCUCGAGAUAUCUCAGGGCUUCUGCGAGGCGAUAUGUAUCGAAAAAUAUGGCGGUGAUUGUGGCAGCAGUGAAGGUGCCUUUCUCGGCACCCAUCUGCAUCCGUCGAACUCCUCGUGGGAACCGUUCGCGUUGCUCGGGAAGCCGACGCCGUUUUAUAUGGAUGAUGAUACGGCGAAGUGCUACCUGAAUCGUUACGCGGACAUCUUCAAAAAGUUUGGCACUGACCUUGAGGCGGCAAAAAAGCAUUUCCAUGAUGUGGGACAGCACGAAGGCCGCAUCGCGCACUGCUCCAUCUCUGACGCAGAUUUGAAGUGCUACUUAGCACGUUAUGAAGAUUUACCGUGGAGUCAACCGAACGAUGGCCGCACACACUUUUUCAAGAAGGGCUGGAUGGAAGGUCGAACUGUGAAAUGUGCGGGAGACGUUGAUCGAUAUAAGUACAACUUUGAUGACGCCGAGCUCAUGUAUGAUUACGACGCUGUUUGUUACAUUGACAACUAUGAUGAUGUACGAAAGGCGUUUGGUUUUGACUUGACCAAAGCCAAGACCCAUUACUUCAUAAAAGGCGCAUCGGAAAAGCGUAAGCCAAUCUGCACGCGCGAGCCCGUCAUUGACAAUUUGGAUGCGAUGUGUUUCGCUUCAAACUUCUGGGAUAUUCACCGAUAUUUUGGUCAGUAUGCGGGUCGUGUCUCUCAAUCGACCGAUAUUGCAAAUAUUAAGACGUUUAUGCGCGUGCACCACAAACAAGAAGCGCGCAAAAAGCUCAGCAAGUGUGAACGAGUUGCCCCAGCGGACUUCCGGUGCUAUUUAGAACGCUAUCCCGAAGUUCCUCGGUCGCAUGCUAACGAUAUCGAAGCCGCGCGGACACACUGGUUACACAGUGGCUGGAAAGAAGGAAAGAAUCCCAAGUGUGAUUCUCGUCCUCACUUUUACAGGCAUGCUAUGAAAGAUAAGCAUUGGCCUCACAUCCGUGACGACGAUGCCCAAUGCUAUCUCGAUCGAUAUCCAGAUAUUGCGAAGAAGUACAAUCAUCUUACCGGAAAGUCCAAACUGGAUCACGCCAAGAUUCACUACCUCCGCCUUGGUCGGCGAUUCCGAAGAGAUCCAACGUGUGCGGGUCCGCACGAAGCUACGAAAUGUUACAUUGCUCGAUACGACGACGUGCGCAAAGCUUACAUGCAACACAAAUCUCUAGCCAAGGCGGCGGAGCAUAUGCGCACGAUUGGCGUCCAAGAAGAGCGUGAGACGCGCUGCGCACUUUCAAAUGAUGAUCUUCGCUGCUACAUGGCUCGUUAUCCUCACUUGAAGACAAAGUUCGACGGUGAUACGGCGUUAGCGCGGGAGCAUUUUUUCUCUGAAGGAUUUAUGCAAGGCGAUGAUCCAAAGUGUGAACUCACCAAGUUUCACAAGACUUUUACCGGUGACAGAAUUCAUGGAAAUCUCGACUGGACGCUCAACGGCGAACGCGGGCUUAAGAAAUGCCAGGAUGACUGUCUCGCGAACCCGAAGUGCGUGGGCAUCAGCUACGUAUCCGGUCGGUGCCACACAAAAGGCACGCACUCGUCGUACGACGUCGUGGCUCCACCAGAGCGCCGCGAUCAGUUUUACUGGAGAAACGUCAAAGGUUUUUUCCCCGACGGCAACGGUGAUCGACAAGGCGGUAUCAUCGGCAGUCCCCACACGAAACACGUCGCGGGCGUCGAGGCGUGCGCGCAGCUCUGUCGGGACGACAAAGCGUGCGUCGGCUUUUCGUUUCACUCCAACGGUCUCUGUCAACUCAAAGCCUGGUCCGGGCUCACCCACGACUGGCACGCCAACGGCUGGCAAUUUUACCGUAAAAUCGCGUGA